AUGGAAGAUCUCUCUCAUCUCUGGGAAUGUCAGAUUACUGCUUUGAGAGAUAGCUUCUCGGCAGACAGCAGUGUAGGGGCGCCGACGUCCGGGUCUCCAAGCCUCCAACGCGGUGAUGGGGGCAGAGAUUAUGACACCCAUGAGUCUGAGCAUGGAUGGGACGAGAAGAUCAACUCGGUAGUCGAUGCUCUAGACGAGUUGGCUCUACAAUCGCCUACCGGAAAGAUCAACACUACCGCCACUCAAAGUCCCCGGACACCUUGGUUUCCGGAUGGGGAUGCUUACACCGAGACGGUGCCUCUGAGGUCAAAUUCAAGCUCUGCCUGUUCUUCCAUGGCCGACAGAUCCGCCUACUCCAUCUCCAUCACUAUGGCCACCUCAACAAAGUCAGAAAGAUCAUCAGGAGCAGUUGCUGUGCCCACAUUACACCGCCCGCCAGCUUCCAUUGUCCCCAUCUACACUGUCAAGCCGAACAGCAGUCCCAGGCUCCACGACGGUGACGCCAGCAACCACGCUUCACUCACCACUGCCGUUCAUCCAAUCAGUCCCACCCUCAUCUGUAUCAGCCCUCUGUCUAUCCUGGGCACCGCCGCUGGCUCGCCCUGGACCUGA